AUUCGAUCAGAAAUGAAAGCCUUACUCUUUAAUUAUUCCAUAUUAUUAUCAUUUCUUAUAGUAUCAGCUCAAUACUGUAAUUUAACACGUUUUUCGGUAACAUAUAUCGAUGUUUUUCAAUCGAAAAACAUCCAAUCGUUUACAGAUUGUUUAUAUCCUGCCAAUUUUAAUUACAGAAAAGUACGUAGUAUAUUUAUAAAAAAUGAGGUAAUUCCUUCCAUUCCUGUACAUUUUAUUGAGAAUCAUGAGGAGCUGUAUGAAAUCGUAAUACAAUCAAGUGGGAUUCAGAAUAUUUUACCAGGAGCCUUUAGAAAUUUACCCAAUUUACAGCAUUUGACAAUAAAAGGCAAUGACAUUCCGACUAUAUUAAGAGGUGCUUUAAAUUCAAUUCCCAACUUAGACACCAUGUGGUUAGGCCAUAAUGGAAUCACCUAUAUUGAAGAACAUGCUUUUCACAUACCUCAACUGCGAUGGAUAUGUAUUUGCGGAAAUAAUUUGUACCAAUGGAAUCAGGAGUGGUUGGGAAAAUUAUACAAACUAGAAGAACUUCAAUUCGAAAACAAUCACUUAAGCACCGUGCAGAGAAGAGCUUUUUCGAAUUUUCCUAAUUUGACAGAUUUAGGUUUGCUAAAUAAUCAAAUUACAAAUAUCGAACCAGAAGCAUUUGAAUCGUUGAAUAAACUCAUUAUGUUAGAUCUGAGAAAUAAUAAAAUAGCACACCUAAAUGCCAAUAGUUUUCCGAACCCAACACGCAUAGAAUACUUGUAUAUCGAUCUAAAUCACUUAAAUUUUAUACCCCAAGCAUUGUUAAACAAACUGUAUUCAAAACAUUUAUAUAUAGAUUUUAAUCCAUGGACUUGUGCCUGUUCUGAUGUUAUAAAUCAGUGGGCUUUAUUGAAUAACGUUACAUUGGAAAGAAAAUAUUGUACUCCAAAAAGUAUACCGCUGUGUACUGUUUUCAAGCCUAAAUGUACAGAAGAAAUUGAUACAAGGGGCACUCAAAAGUAUUUAGAAAUUAUUAAAAAAAUAACCGCUGAUCAAUACAGAUGUAUACAUGAAUAUAUGGAACUUGAUUGAGUAAACAAAAAUUGAUACUUAUAAACAUGUUACUUUUAUGAAAUAAAAAUCGUUUUUUG